GUAGAUCAGAACCAGACUAACAUCAAUCCAACUAUCUGGAUCUGCUGGCCCAAAUCAGUUUUAGCUGCAGGAGCUCAACAGACAAAGCUUCAGAAAUCAGAACCUGCAAGAUUUGGAUCAGAUCAUUUUCAUCCAGUGGUUCUGUCUGUGCUUUGUUCUUGGUUUUUCUGGACUGUUAAAUGUUCUGGUUCAGAUCACUGAACAUGAGCAGACUUUGAGUCAUAGACCCGAGAUUAGGGAACCAGCACCGACCCUAGGUGAAAACAUCCAAGUAGGAUGUUGGGAGAGCAACCUGGAAUCAUUUUUGUCUCCUGAAGUUCUGGUUUCCCAGAGCAAAACUGGACUCAAUGGGCUUUAGGACCCUGCAGCUUUGCAGAUCUUCGUCCUGUCUAACCUGACCUUGCUGUGAUUGGUGGAUAUUAAUGAAGAGCUGCUGCAGCUGAUGCUCCACCUCAGCUGUCUGCACAGACCAGGUGAGCCUUGGCCAAUCAGACGGUCGUUCUGCACUGAAAUGCAGUCAGACCUGUUGGACAGUCAGAGGGCGAGUCUCAUAGAGUAAAGUGGAGCUUAAAGAGAGAGAGAAGUUGAAGAAGGAGGAAGACACACACCAACGGCCAGCUAGUCAUACAUGCAGGUCAGAACACGCUGGGACAUCACUGUGACAUCGUUAGCUCCCUCACUGGGAAGAUGGACAGGACUGCAGAGGACAGGGUUGCUGCUGAGGCCCUGGACCCCAAGAACUUCCAGGACAUGGAGCUGAAGGAGGAAUGGCAGGAUGAUGGGUUCCCCAGGCUUCUUCCAGAGGACUGUGUAGAACCAGAGGAGGCUGAAAGUCCACCAGAAGGCACCACAGAGUCAGCCCCGCCCAACAGCCUUGCCUUCUCAGCUGCAGGUGUAGGUGGUGCUAAGAAGCGUCUGACAGCGCCAUCUCUCAGUGUCACUCUGAGCCAGCGAGAUUCUCAUGACCCAAGCAAUGACAGCUUUUCAGCUGCAGCGCUAUCAGGAACUCCAGAUGAGACACCGUCACUGGACAUCAACCUGGAGGCUCUGGAGACGCCAUCAGACAGUGAGACGGGAACACUGCCAGACAGUAUGCACGAUCUGGAGUGGGAAGAUGACCUUCCAAGGAUGGGAAAGGGCAGGUCUAUGGGUGUGGCUGGAAGCCCCAUAGAGCAAACUGAGGGUCUGAUGGAGCUCGAUCAGGUGGAUGACCAGGGACGCCGUUGGAGAAGGUUCUCCAUCUCCGGACACGAGUACCACGUCAACAUGAGCGUGCUGGAGCCUUACUUGCAGGUUCUAUCACAUGGAGGUUAUUAUGGAGACGGGAUGAAUGCCAUAAUUCUGUUCACCUCAUGUUACCUGCCAGAAAACACGGUAGAGAACUACGAGUAUGUAAUGGAAAACCUGUUCAGGUACAUUGUAGGAACGCUGGACCUUAUGGUUUCAGAGAACUACGUUCUGGUCUACCUGUGUGCCAUGGCUCCCAGAAACAAACUCCCAGCCAUCAAAUGGCUCAACCAGUGCUACACCUCCAUUGACAGGAGGUUGAAGAAGGACCUGAAAGGACUGCUGGUCGUCCAUCCUGCCUGGUACAUCAAAGCUCUGAUCACACUUGUCAAACCCUUCAUCAGUGACAAAUUCAGCAGGAAAAUUCGCUUUGUUCAGAAUCUUCAGCAGCUCUCUCAGUUCAUCCCUACAGACAGACUGCAGAUCCCAGAUGCAAUAAGACAGUAUGAUGAGAAGCUUAGCAGGUGACAACCUCAGAUUGAUCAGACGAGAGGGAUUAUGGGGGCUGAAGCUUAUGAAGCUGUCAGCCUGCUGACCUUUACCUGUUGAAUGUACAGACAAACAGACUGUGGUUUAUUUAGGCUGCCUUUGUUUGUGUUGGGAAGGUUCAAGGAACUGUUCCUGGGUUGGUUUUCCGGCUCCUUUCAGAUCCUCUGCAAAACGACAUAGCAUCUUAUGAUUUAUCAGAAAGAACUUCUUAAUGUCCUUUCUGAUCAAAUUUGAUAGAUCCGAGCUCAUCUUCAUGGAAACCAUGUUAAAGGUCAGAGCUGUGCUUCAGCACGAGCUCUUCCUGAUUACAGUGAAGACAAGAUCCUUGAUCUUCACAGAAUUUCUGCUGCCUUUUUCUCUAAAUAGGACCAGACAAGUUUUUUCCAUGUCAGCGUUUGACUUAAUUCAUCAUAUUGAUGGUCAUGGAACACCAUCUACUAUAUAAACCAACACUGUCUCACCGUCUCUGUUACCAUAGUAACACCAGCAGGUGUAAGGUGUUCCUGAGCUGUGUCCAAAUUCAGGAGCUGCAUCCUUCUAAAGCUGCAUUUGUAGGCUGAUUAAGUCACAGCAAUGCAACAAAAGUUGUCGAAAUUCAAAGGAUCAUCUAAAUGUGUCCUCCUGUUCCCCAGAUUUGAAGGAUGGGUCUGGUGAAUCCUUUGUGGAUCACCCUUUUCCAUGAUUCAUUCCCAUGAUAAAUGAUAAUUGUGACAUAAAAUUGGCAUUUUUCAUUGUCCAAAGUCGUCCAGAAAUAACAUCAAAGGGGAAGUCUGCGGUCAUUCAAUGUGUGAGCGUCAGUGAUAAACGCAUCAGGUAGAAGCAGUGUUUCCUUUCCAUAAAUGUAAUUAGAUUUAUCAUAAGAAAUUCAAUGCCAUAUGCAGGCACUUUAAUGUUUGGUUUAUUUAGUGUUAUUAUUAUGCUCUACAAAUAAGUAGAUUUCAAGUUUGCUCAGAAAGUUAUGUUGGUUAAAGGUUUUACCAAUAAAUGAAACAAAUGGUAUGUUUCUUUAUCAACAUAUCUAUGAACAUGACAUUUUAAACUGCUAAAUAAUGACUUAUGAUAAUAAAACAAGAACAUUUUAAAGAAAACAAGCUUAUAAGCCAUCGGGAAUAUAUAGAAACCCUGUGUAGUGAUUUACAGUGGAGACGGCGGGACCAACCUUCAGGCUGCAUCUUCACAGCUCUGAGCUUCAUGCUGUCAUGGUUGCUAGGCAACAGAAGUUACGCUGGAGUAAGAGCGGGACCAGCUGGUGACGGUGAGACCGUCCAAAUUCACAACCGAUCACUUCCAGCCUUCAGUCAUCGAAGGACCCGGUCCACGUAGACCGGUCCUUGGAAGGAUGCAGCCCUGGUUAAUCUGGUUGGAUCUGCUCUGGUUUUAGUUUGGGUUUCAUGCUGUCCUGCAGCAGAAGUGCAGGAGGCUCCUGAUUGGUUGCUGACAUGUGUUUACCUGCUGCCCCUCCAGUAAUAAAACAUUUAAAAAAUG